CUGUCUCUAUUCUAGAAGUGACAGCUCCUUCAGUUUUAUGAUAUUUUUCUUUGUGCUGUUUUUCCAAAUUUUGUUCAAUGGAAUUGCAUGCCUUGGAAUUGACCAAAUUGGAGUAAGGUAGGUACCAGUUAAAACAAAAGCAGUCGAUCUUUAUCUCAUAUAAAAACUCGAGCCGAAUUGGAAGGCGAGAGUUUGUAUAUAUCAGAUAAAGAUCGGAUGUUAAUUUUAAAAAUAAACAUUGUCUAAGCCGAGAAAAUCAAAGCUGAAGUUCAUGUAAAUAAGGAAAUAUCUUUAUCCAAUUUACAAACAUUGAUUUAACAUCAACUUCAACUUUUAAUAAUAAUAAUUAUAAUUUAAAUAUAUUUACAGCUUACCCUGCAAAUAAUUAUAGAGUUAAUCGAGGCAGGGCAAGUAGGUAGUAUUUUAAAUAUAAGAUAUAAAGUAUAGCUACAAUAGUUAUACACAUAUAAUAGAGUAAUAUAUAAUAUAAAAUAAUAAUAAUAAAGAACAGACUGAGCUUAGGUAAGAUUUGUAACAACUGUAUUGACUUAACAUUAAUGCCCCCACGGUAGAUCGACCCCAGGUUGGGUUGACUUCACCAUAGAGCAAUAAAAACGACGGCCCUGUAGCAUUGUCGUAUUUUUCUUUUUCUCUAGCGGAUUUAUAAACGGAGCUUCAUUAUUCAAAAACGGUGGUGGUGGUCAUAAAGUUGUUGGUUUAAUGAUGUUCGCUUGUGCUGGUCUGUUCAUUAUUAAUGCAAUUUUGGAGAUUAUCUUGCUUAGAAAGGUACGUAUUUGAAAACGCGUAUUUGGUAUGUUUUUAAGAUUUCCUGGGGUGUCUGUUAGACACGCAAAAAUUUCACCUUUGAUAUUAUCAGACUUGUUACAAGGUUGUUCAAACAAGUUCGAUACAGUCAUGAUAUAACAAUAUUGUAACAUGAUGCUUGUGAUGUUACUCUGAGUAUAUCCACACCGGGCAAGCUUGAAAAAUAUGCCUGACCACGGUGGGAAUCGAACCUACGACCUUUGGAAGACUAGCCCAAUGCUCUGCCAACUGAGCUACGCGGUCUGGUCGGUUCGAGUAUGUGCUAUUUCGGAACAGAAUCUAGUUUCUUCGAUAUCAAUGUUAUCUAAUAAUGAUCAGAGUAACAUCACAAGCAUCAUAUUCACCUGAGUACAUUACACCAACACAGAAAAAAAUAUUGUAACAUUCUUGUUAUAUCAUGACUGUAUCAGACUUAUUAGAACAACCUUGCAACAAGUCUGAUAAUGCCAUCAAGCUUGUUACAAGUUGUUAACUUGUUACAACUAGGGACAAGCGGUGCGAACACAACCUGUCGACAGCAUGUGAACAGAUUUGUAACUACGCGUGUGGUUGUCAACGGCUUGUUGACAAACUGAUAAGAUGUUGUUGACCCCGACAGCCUUGUUACAAGUUGUUUAACAAGUUGUGAGCGACAGCCUUGUAGCAACUUGAUAAAUGAUAACAUUAAUUGUUACAACUGGUUGACAAGCUUGCUACAAGCCUGUUGCGAACACAUCUUGUUGACAAGAUGUGAGAAUUGUUACGUAUGUGUAAAGUACUUAAGGCCAUGUUACACGGUGCAAUUUUUCUUGCAACUUGCAAUGCAAUUCUACUUUUGAGAGAUGUAAAAUUGCCAAAUACGAGUCUUCAUUACACUCCGCCUAUUACAGUUCACGUACUGCACUCCGCUGAUGUUUUCUCAACAUAUCGAAAAUUCUUCACUGAUUUCACUAAUUAACAUCUCUCAAGAGUAGAAUUGCAUUGCAAGAAAAAUUGCACCGUGUAACAUGGCCUUUACAGAGUGUAUAUUUCCUAGGUUCAUAUGAUCUACCGUACGACUGGAGCAAGCAUGCAAAAAGCACAAGCAGAGUUCGCUGAAGGAGCCAUGAAGAACAAAACAGUUCAAAAUGCAGCAGCCGCUGGGGCAACCGCCGCAGUGCAAAACGCCUACUAGAUAUGUCUAGUUAUAUACAAUCGCGACAUUAUUUUACACUGACAGCUAGGCUAACUUUGUGAAAGUUUAUAAGACAAUGUGGUGUUCGAUUUGAAGCAAAUGUAGAAUUUGAUAUACAUAUUUAAAAUUUGUAAGGCACUCCUAAAGAUCAGGCGAAGUAAACAUAUUGCAAAGUUAGUGUUUGGGCAUUUUUCGUAUAUUUGAUAGGUAUAUACUAAUUUGCUCUUAUGAGCUUUGCAUGUAACUAGAGUGAUAUUUCACUGUGCGUUUGCUAGACUAUAAAAAACAUUUUACCCGAUACCUUUUCAAAUAUUGUGAGUGCUUUGUUGAACACCACAGGUUUAUUACCACGAGGGUAUAAAUAUUAAAUUAAACGGGCCAGUUUCGUGAACUACGCUUUCAGCCCUGGCAUGAGAGAUUUUUUAAUGCCUCGGUUAAAAUUCUAUUUUUGUAGAUAGAAUUUGGAACGAAAGUUUAUGUACAAUUGAGCAUCUGCAAAAAAUGCAAAUUUAGCCCCUCCCAGUCUUAGCACCACAACAACAAUGACGGAUUAUGGGCCAACACCCCCUCCACCACCCCCAGUCAUUUCUGAAGACUUUGUACGUGUGGCUAAAUAUUUACAUGCAAAAAGUUUAUUACUGUAAAGAAAUUCAAUUUCCAGAAACAAACAAAUAACAAAUAUUUCGCGAAGUGUCCCCGCUGCUCAUCGACUCGAUCUCGGGCUCUUUUCUCUAGAACAGCUCUCACUUGAAUGGCGCUUUUUAAUAGUUAAAUUAUUAAGUUGAGCAAUUCUGAAUUACUUAAUAUUGUAUGUAUCACGCCAGCUGGCGUUGACAUCACCAGGGCAUAACAUAUUGUUAACAUAAGUGGCCCAAGCGAGGUAUUUUUGUUUUUCGUAUAAAAACGCAUACUAUAUACACAUUAUAGUUAGUAUAUUUAGUUAUUUUUCGUAAGAAUAAUGUAUGGUGUAUGUUACGAACUGGAAAUAAUAACUUAUUAUCUUGGAUUCUAACUUAAAUUUACGGUACUGUCAUCUAAUAUUAGAGAGUUUAAGUUCGACUUUCGAUACCAAUACCGAUACUAACAACAUGUCAUGCGCAUGCUCUCUGCUCGCAAGAAGCACGAGGACAACUGUAUUGGAAGUCACCACUACCGAAGUCGGUUUGUAUUGGAAGUCGUGGGAAUUGUAAGAUAAACUCAUAUAAAUCGGAUAUUUCAUAAUUUUUACGAUAAACAUGCAAACUAUUUGUUUAUUAGCAUCGCCUGAGUCAUGUUUUAGUCGGAAUUUUAGCUCAUCUGCCGUUUAGUAUACCGCACAUUUUCGGUGACGAUUGAUGUGUUUUACACUUUAUCUGCCGUGAUAACUGAUUCCCAGUACCAAAAUGAGAACGGAAGUGAAAACAUCGGUAUUGGAAGUCGAACUAAAACUCUCUAUUGUCUGAACGGGCCACACAGCACAGGAUGAAAAUGUAAUUAUUGUCAUGUAAUUGAUUAAAAUAUUUAAUUACGUAAACUUUAAUUUGUAUCGAUG